AUGAACUUUGGUGUACCUGUCCUGAACUUUUUAACUAAGCUGGCAAAAACUUUAUGGGGAAGGGAAAGGAGACGACCUUUUAAUUCUCUGUGAAAGAGGAAAAACAUGAAACCGAAACCCUCCCAGAAGCAUCCAGGACCUGACUGGCAAGGAAAAGGUGUAAAAACGAGUGCAAAGACGACAGUGAAGCAGUCAAAGCAGACAUCAGCGCCAGUCAGGCCUUUCGCUGGCAAAGUGUUUUAUUUGGACCUACAAUCUAAUCGAACAGCUGAAAUUUUGGAGAGAGAUGUCAAAGAACUAGGAGGGACGGUUGAGAAGUUCUUCAGUAAGGAAAUCAGGUACUUGGUGUCUAACAAACGGGAGGCAAAGUAUGUGAACUGUUUCAGACAAGACUGUCCCGUCCCCAGCCCCGACUCAGGACCGAGUUCACCUCACCCUCACUCCAAACUGCAGCGUCCUGUCAACAAUGUGGACAACAAACACAAGUCUCAAGGCCAAGCAGACACAUUGGUCAAGAGCCGAGGGCAAUCCUUGGUGGACAAAGUAGUGAAAGAGCAGAAGAGGGUACAAAUGGACAGAAUCUUGUCAAAAGCGUUGGAGUGGGGGGUUAAAAUCCUCUACAUUGAUGAUGUAUUAGCAUACGUUCAGAAGAAAAAGAAACAUUUCAACAGCCAGGUUGUGGCCACUGCUGCUGUCAAAGCAAAUGUGAAAACUGACUUGUCAUCAAAGCAACACUUCAAGAAACUAAAAGGAGGUCGGAUCAGUAGACCUUUUGUCAAGGUUGAGGAUUCAAGCAGACACUAUUGUCCAAUCUUCCUCACAAUGUCAAACAUGCCUAAGUUCAACCUAAAGACAACUGCUCUAUGUAGUCCAUUCUGUCUCGAGGAUCAACUUCCCUCUGGAGCCAAACAGCCGGGACACAGAGGUCUAAAAGCUUCAGAUAAUGAGGAGAAAGUUCAAGCCUUAAAGAAGGGCAGAGACAAGAGACGAGGCGGCUACUGCGAGUGCUGCAUGACGAAAUACAACAACCUUAAAUUGCAUCUACAGAGCCAGUGUCACAAAGCCUUCUCUAAAAGUGAGGAAUACUCGGUUGUGGACAAGCUGGUUUCGACUUUGCACUUCAAUUUCAUCCCCGUCAAAACUAAAGGCAAAAGACCAAAGUGCAGCGUUUCCUCUGUUCUUUUUGUCCGUGAACCAUGUGGAGGAACCGAUGUAAGUCACAGAGGAGGUCCAGAUCACCCAGACGCUGUUAAAGUGGAGGAGCAUCGGACCGUUGAGUUCAAGGACUCGCACACAAGACGGAGUAAUAAAAAUGAAUCCUCACCUGGCUCUGCUCCACAGUUUCCUUCAAAGCGAGACAGAGCUGAGCCGGUGCAGAUUCCUCAGGUGAAGUCAGAAACGUCCUCCAAAGGUGAAUUUCAGCCCCUGUUUCCCUCCAGAGAUGCUGAGGUCAACCAUAUGGAUCAAAUACCUCAUAAGGACACAAACGGCUCAACAAAAACACAAAGUACAAAUUCAGAGAGUGAAGUAUCAGCAAAUAGUAUUAUUGUUUCAGGACUUGGACAUGAAGAUCCAAAAACGGACAAGACUCUUCAUGAGUCAAAUACAUUCUCAAAGACUGGAAAUAAUUUUACUGAAAAGGAAGACGAAAGCCUUUAUACACCAAACUUCUGCACGGGCAGAAAAAUUCAGCGAAGGGUCAGAGUUUAUAAACACAAAAGACGGAAAAUGGACACAAAUGUGAGACAUUCAGAGUCGGGUGGUGCACCUGACGACUCUCUGCUGAAGCUCUGGGAACUGUUUCAGUCCACUGAUGACAUGGAUGUAGAGUUUCAUGGCUUUACAGAAUAA